AUGGCCAACAAACUUCUCAUCGUCGUCAUCGUCGCCGAUAUCCUCUUCCUCGCCACCGGAAUCCUCGAGCUUGCCUUUUCCGUCGUCACCCAGCAGAGAGGCAACCGCGACCCCGCCAAUGGAGAGGACGUCAUCCGUGACCUCGUCGAUCAGCGACUGCCUCUGACCCCUGGAAUAAUCAACGGUGUCUUCAUCCUCGCCUCCUUCGUCGCCACCCUGCCCGGUCUUCUCAUGCCCACCACCCGCGGGUGGCUCAAGGCGGCCGGCUACAUGGUUACCGUCUGCGGUCUCUUCAGCCUGAUCCUCGGUGUCGACCUCUGGCUCAUGACGCUCAAGAUCGGCACAAACUUCGGCAACGUCUAUGUCGAUCUCGACUCCAACCAGCAGGAAUUGGUCCAGACCAGCUUUCAAUGCUGCGGGUACACAAACUCCACCUGGCCUCCUUUCGUCACCGACGACACCUGCCCUAGUCCCGCUGCUGCUGCCCUCCUCAACGGCUGCAAGACGUCUGUCGCCAGCUUCGCCACUAUCCUCUUUGGCGACAUGUUUACCGCUCUCUUUGGCAUGGUUGGCAUCGACCUCCUCUUCAUCAUCGCCCUCGCCUGCCUCUCCAAGGAGCGCAAGGAGCAGAUCUGGUACCGCAACUUGGACCAAAAGAGUGCUCCCUGGUAG